GGCUUCCGCGCGGCUCCGGUGCUGGCUGCGCCUCGCUUUCCCCAGCGAGCGAGCGAGAGAGCGAGCAAGGGGCCGCAGCGGUCCGCUUCCGUCCGGUCGCCUCUGCCCUGGCCGCCGCCGCGGCCACUUCCCCGGCCGAGAGCGGCUACGUCUCAGCAGCUGCAGCGCGCAUUUCGGCUCCGAGGAAGUUGACCUAGGAGGCUGCGGCAGGAUCCCCGGGGCCAGAUCCCGCACAGCCGUCUUCUCCUCGCACACCCCCUGCUGCCUCCUGCGUGUUCUACUUUUCAUCUCUGCUAUUGUUACAGAUUGUAUUCUGCUGGCAAUCCUUCCUCUGAAACUUACAAAGAAAGUGUUGGAUUUCCCCUUGUUCGAACUGAGGGUUUGCAGACCUCCUCUGCGUGGCUGGAUGUAACCCACCCUCCGUCCCCCUUCGGGUACCAAAGUGCUUAUUCCACUCCAAAGUGCCAUGUCUGAACUGUUAAUGGAAAGAAAGGACUCCUGAGAACUGCCCACACCUUUCACCUGCCUUGAGCUUCCCCUUUCUCGGCUACCUUCCCCGCCGGAGCAGUACCAAGGAAUCCCCCUGUGAAUGUCCUCUGUGGAAACUGGUUCUCCGAGGCUGGAGCGCUGAGGCUGGGUUUGGGAGAGGAAUAUUAGCCUCGGAGGAGUCUGCGCGCUUUUCUCUAGCCGGCGCCUCUGGAUCGCCGCUAGUUCACUGCUCAGCCCCUGUGCUCGCUCCCCCACCCCACCCACUUCCUGUGCUCGCCCGGGGGGCGUGUGCCGUGCAGCUGCAGGAGUUCUGGGAAGUUGUGGCUGUCGAGGAUGGGGGUCUGUGGGUACCUGUUCCUGCCCUGGAAGUGCCUCGUGGUCGUGUCUCUCAGGCUGCUGUUCCUUGUACCCACAGGAGUGCCCGUGCGCAGCGGAGAUGCCACCUUCCCCAAAGCUAUGGACAACGUGACGGUCCGGCAGGGGGAGAGCGCCACCCUCAGGUGCACGAUCGACAACCGGGUCACCCGGGUGGCCUGGCUGAACCGCAGCACCAUCCUCUACGCUGGGAAUGACAAGUGGUGCCUGGACCCACGAGUGGUUCUCCUGAGCUACACCCAAACCCAGUACAGCAUCGAGAUCCAAAACGUGGAUGUGUAUGACGAGGGCCCGUAUACCUGCUCUGUGCAGACGGACAACCACCCCAAGACCUCGCGGGUCCACCUCAUCGUGCAAGUAUCUCCCAAAAUUGUAGAGAUUUCUUCAGAUAUCUCCAUUAAUGAAGGGAACAAUAUCAGCCUCACCUGCAUAGCAACGGGUAGACCAGAGCCUACGGUUACUUGGAGACACAUCUCUCCCAAAGCAGUGGGCUUUGUGAGUGAAGACGAAUACUUGGAAAUCCAGGGCAUCACGAGAGAGCAGUCUGGGGACUACGAGUGCAGCGCCUCCAAUGACGUGGCCGCACCAGUGGUGCGGAGAGUGAAGGUCACCGUGAACUAUCCACCAUAUAUUUCAGAAGCUAAGGGUACAGGCGUCCCGGUGGGACAAAAGGGGACACUGCAGUGUGAAGCCUCAGCAGUUCCCUCAGCAGAAUUCCAGUGGUACAAGGAUGACAAAAGACUGGUUGAAGGAAAGAAGGGGGUGAAAGUGGAAAACAGACCUUUCCUCUCAAAACUCAUCUUCUUCAACGUCUCAGAACACGACUACGGGAACUACACUUGUGUGGCGUCCAACAAGCUGGGCCACACCAACGCCAGCAUCACACUCUUUGAACUAAAUGAGCCUACAAGCUCAACUUUGUUGCAAGGCCCGGGCGCUGUCAGCGAAGUGAACAAUGGGACGUCGAGGAGGGCAGGCUGCAUUUGGCUGCUACCUCUCCUGGUCUUCCUACUCCUCAAAUUUUGAUGUGAGUGCCACUCCCCCCGCCGGGGAAAAGCUGCCGCCACGGCAACCACCAACACCACAGCACGGCAACUCCGACCACAGCGAGAGCAACCCCAUUUCUAAAUCAGAUGUGAUCAGACCAAAUCCAGAGAAUCAGAUCCUAUCGGGACAAAAAUUCGAGGGAGGGGAGCAAAGAGUACUUUGGGCAAACACACGUUUCAAAAGGAGAUUGAGAAUCGCCUUGCGGGCUUCGCAAAUGUGUAGGUACAGCUGAGCCUUCUUUCUUUCCCUGAAUGGGAGGAGUGCACCCCCGGCUUUGGACCCACCCGCAAGCUGAACUGCGCGACCUCUGUUUCCAGGGCGGCGGAGGGCUCAGCCGCUCUGCCCACUAACGUGACCCUGCCGAGGGAAAUUCUGGAGUCGGCCGUCCCAAAUUCAAUCCGUCACUAGGGACGAACCCGGAGUGAGGAGUGCGGCCCGACAUGACCCCAGGGCCCUUUCGUAGACUGUGCCACUGUUGUGUGUGAUAUGAAAUGAAAUUUAAAAAUAAAUAAAUAAAAAGGAAACGAAACAAGACAGCCUGACAGCUACAACAAUCCCGCAAUCAACAGUCACAACAGAUAUUGUUAAUUUUUUUUUUCGUUUUACUACAUGGACAUCAUGGAUAAUAAGGGAUUCUGAUCCAUUAUUAAUUUUAUUAAUUAUAUUUUCUGAUAUGAGUCUAGAACUUAGUGGAUAAAAACAAGACAAAACAAAAAACACACAGAGGAAAGGGGUGAAGAGAAGUAUGUUUGUUAAGGAUUAAAAAUAGAUAGUGCACUUCUUAACUAGGUUUACAACUGGUGGACCACACACCAGGCAUUAACCACCUGGUGAGGAUUUGGCAAAUCCACCAAAAAAAAACACAUGAUUUAACCAAUGUCUCCACCAGCGCUACAGAUUUCUCCUUAUCCUGGCAUUUAAUGCAGACAGGACUAUGCUUCUCCAUGCUGUUUAGAAAUGGAAGGGUGAUUGCACUCUAUCUUGCGUUUGUUGGCUAUGCUUCCUUUGAUGACAUAUAUUAUACAGUAUAUAUAUAUAUACAUAUAUUUUUUUUGUUAGAGUCCUAGCCAUUUUCUUUCUCUGCAGGGUCCUUUCUCAGACAUUACUGCAUGCUGUAUAUGGCGUUAGCUGUGUGUUGAUCUUCUAAAAGAUGAUAGAGUUUACUGGUAAUUGUGUAAUCAGCUCCUGCCUUUUCAUUUUCUUGGGUUAUUCACAUAUCAGAGACAUUUAUCAAAAGAGAAAAGAGAAAAAAUACACUAAUACCAGGCGCAGCAUCUUUUCCAGGCGCGGCCCUCAGAGGCUGUCUCGGGUGCCUCGCGCCUCCAUCACGAACAAACGAGCAACCGAACCAGCUAAACAGUCAGUAACCACUCGCUUUAGCCCUUAUGGGAUCUCUGAUGCCUUUGUGACCACUGGAGAAUUGAAUCCUCUUGGUUUGUUUUAUUUAAUUUCCCACCUUUGUGUGUGUGUGUAUGAAAGAGAAGAAGAUGCAGUUUUUAGAUCAUCUUUUUUCCUCCCCUGAAGUCUGGGGACAAGAGAGGCCUCGGGGCGGGGUCCUGGAUGU